UUGUAGUUAUUGUUGUAGUAGUAGUUGUUGUAGUUAUUGUUGUAGUAGUAGUAGUUGUUGUAGUUAUUGUAGUAGUACUAAUAGUAGUUGUUGUUAUUGUAGCUGUAGUGGUUGUGUUCAGGGCUGCAGGUUGUUGUGUGUUACACUGGAUCUUUAACGCUAGGUUUUAGCUUUAUCUCAUGAUCUGCCGUUGCAUGGACGAGUUCUUACAGUUCUAGCUUUCGGUUUGUGGAACCUGCUAAGAUAUUCGGAGGCGCUUAGAACCGUUUCUUUAUUGACUGAAUGGAAACGCUGCACGCGCUCCAUGGCAGUGUGUUUAAAGAGCAGGAACUUGGGGAUGGGUAAUAGCCCGUCUCUGCUUUUCCUCUAUGGUGAGGGAUUGAUGAGACAGCUGUUUGCACACUGUAUUGCAUGUAGCACUGUAGUUUAGUGUAGAUGCUACUAGCCCAACGUCAACUAAACUGUUGGUGGAAAUGUUUCUAAUGCCACUUUACUCCUGAUCACUUAAAGAAACACACACCCUUCUAAAGUUACACAGCCCUCCACCUCCCUUCUCUAGUCUUGUAACCUUUUACCUCCCUCCUAAAACCUCACAACCAUUGAUGUUCUUCCUGAAACCUCAUAGUCCUUGGUUACACUCUUGAAGCAUUGUGGUCUUGGUCUUUUUCCUGAAGCCUUGUGACCCUUGGUCAUGCUUCUGAAGUCUCAUAGUCCUUGGACUUGCUCCUGAAGCCCUGUGGUCCUUGAUCUCAUACCUGAAGCUUUGUGCACCUUGGUCUCAACUCUUGAAGCCUUCUAGUCCUUGGUCUUAAUCCUGAAGCUUUGUGGCUUUUGGUCUAGUUCCUAAAAUCUGGUGGCCCUUAGUCUCACUUCUGAAUCCUCAUGCCCCUUGAUCUCGCCACUGAAGCUUGGUGGCCCUUUGUCUCGCUCCUGUAGCCCUGUGGUCCUUGGUCUUGCUCCUAAAGUGUGGUGGUCCUUGGUCUCGCUCCUGAAGCUUCGUGGCCCUUGGUCUUGCUCCUGAAUCCUUGUGCCCCAUGGUCUCACUACUAAAGCCUGGUUUCCCUUGGUCUCGCUCCUGAUGCCCUGUGGUCUUGCUUCGGAAGGCCUGUGGUCCUUGGUCUUACCGCUGACCUCUUGUGGCCCUUGUUCUAACUCCUGAAGCCUUCUCAAGCCUUGUUCCCCUUAUUCUCAUUCCUGAAGGCUUGUGCUCUUUUUUCUCCCUCUAGAAGCCCCAUGUCCCUUGGUUUUUCAACUGAAGCCUUAUGGCCCUUGGAUGAAUCGAAAUUCACCUAUAAUGGAAAGUCCAGGUGUUAAAUACAGUGAAUAAAUGUUUAAAAUGUAGCAUAAUAUAAUAAUGGUGAGCUUUCCUGAUCAGCAUUCCUGAUUAGUAUGAUGACACACAGUCACACUGUAUGGAAAAAGCUUCAGUGGAGUUAGUGAAAAAGGUGGUUGCGCUUUUGAUUUUAGCUUAUUGAAUAGAGGAAGUAUUGCCUUUGUGUUUUCUUUUAGUUAUGUUCUAUAUUUAGUAGUUAAUGUUGUAUUAUGUGAGCUGUGUAUCUAUUCUUCACUUAUAACUGUAAAUCACUGCACAAUGUAGACUUGAUGGCAUGAUCUGUCUUUAUCUAGUGCUGUUCUACUGCUGAAGCAUUUAGUGAUGCAUUUAGUAGCAUCUAGCGCUGUUCUACUGCUGAAGCAGUUGAUUUUACAUUCGUUUCACCUAGCAAUAGUGCUAAUUGGUGCUGUUUCCAAGAACUAGACCACAUGUGUGCGUGACAGCUGGGCUGCAGCUUUAGUGUUUAACUUGGACAUUAGGCCGUUCCCUUGAUUCAGCAUUUUAGGAGUAGGUGCGCCAUCUCCAUUAUUUUGUAAUAGACAUACAAGAAUUAGAUGGACAGUUAUCAUCUGUUUAUCCUCACAUUUAAAAUUCUUACCUCACAAAUUUAUUGUUGGUCAAACAAAUUUGACAUUUGAAAGACGUCACUGCACCAUCUAAAUGACAGUAGGGUUUUUUUUUUUUUGAAGAGAGUCAUAUCAUCGUAUAGAAAAAGAGAUAUCUUAAUCUGCUAUUUGUAAUGGAAGGAAAGCAAGCAGCUUGGUUUAUUUUGCAUUAGAUAUUUACUUUGGAUUUGUGCCUAAUAAUAUAUUUAGUAUUGUGGUUUAUACCACAUCACAGUUAUAUUCCUUGAAUCUGAUUGGUCAGAAGGUCUUAUAUUGAUACUCCUUCUAAUAUGUUAUGUUGUUAUUUCUAUAGUAACAACUUACACAGGAGCCUGUGUGGCAGUUGUUGUACAUAAACAGGUUUUAAAAAGUGUGUGUAAUUGUUGAUAUGGUGUAUUCUGUGAAGAGAUAUUUGUUUACCAUUUAUAGAAGGAGUCUUCAGUGUCAAGCGAUUUGUUACAGUCAGAGGUAAAAGUGUAACUUUUCUGACAGGGGUGAGUCUUCAGGACAGAGGCCCAUUUGGUAGCGUGACAAGUUGCUCUUUUUUUUGCCUUACUAACUUAAAGAGAGAGAAAAAAAUACAGGCAGGUGAUGGAACGAGUGUAUAUAGCUGUUAUAAGUUACGUGAUAGCAGGAACUUGUUUCACAGACAUUCCACAACAUUAAACAUAACUAUUAAAGUAUGAUGUUUUUCUGUACUAAAUAAAAAUUGUAAUUGUUGGCAAAUUCCCAUGGUAAACUAUUUGGGAUGUGCUGUAAUAGGAAAGUAAUCAACUUUGGUGUGGAAAGGGCCCUGCCGCACCACCCUGUUGUUGAUAAUUUUCCUAUAACAGCACGCCCCGUCUGUAUAUGUUACAUAACUGUUUAUAACACAUGCAUUAUAUUAGCAAAGAUGCGUAGUUACAAGUAAAUGUUACAUUUACCUAAGUAUUUUUUUUUUUAAAUCGUAAACUCUAAGAGUAAUUUUAACGGAGAGUAUGUUUUACUCUUGUUGGAGUACAUUUGACAAAAUAAGAGUUUUACUUUGUUGCAUUUUCCCAUUGUUACAUUUUUGUUUGACUGAAUGUUUGAAAAGCCUAGCUGUGUUUGUAUCUGAGCUUAGAAAGUAGCAAGUGAUUGUGAUUAAACAAAAGCACAGUGUGAUAGAAUUGCUGAAAUGUAAUGAAGUUAUCUUUAUAUCAAGUAAUGGCAUUUUAGGUGUAUGGGCAAAUAGUGCAAGGAAAAAAACUACAGAAGAAGCAGCUUUUUUUGUGUUCGAGACCUCUGUGUUGCUGAAAUGCUUAGUCACAUUGGUGAGGUCGAUACAGAGCAGGUUGUGUUGCCGGUUGUUGUUGCACAAAGGAAUGUGCUGACUGCAGUCAGCUGUGAGGCCUUUGUGGGUCUUCAGUAGAGCCGGGGUUCUCUCUCUCUCUCACUCUCUCUGUUAUCCCAGUGUAGCAGCCGGUGAGUACUUGUUGAGAUCAUGAAAACUGCUUAACCUUUUAACCUUUGCACUUCACAAUGUUGUCACAAAAAAAAAAAAAAAAAAAAAAAAGCUACGACUUUACUUUAAAGUUGGUGUUGUAGCGCCGUAUGCUAUGUUUUUCACACUUUUCUAUAACUCUUCUCUGGUGAACAGAAUUAUAAGCCUCUGACAUAAUUCUUAUCCUUCUCUUCGAUUGGGGCAGAUCUUAUUUCAAGAGCAAAGUCUCAGCCUACCUAGACAGCCUGUUCAUGUGAACGGAACGCAGCGACAAUUUCCUCAUUAAUGAUGUAUUGAAUAAUAUGAUAUAUAACUGGUUUUCAGUUUGUGGGUCUGGGUGUAUUUGUGUGUAAAAAGAGCAAGUUCAGCCUCUCUAAAGCUGGUAAAGUUCAGUGGCUUUCUCCCAUUCCACACGUGGAAAACUAAAUACGGCAAAUCCUCUCAGGGCUUUCCCGGUCACAUGACCGUUCCUGUGGGAAGGGAACUGUCAGUUCACGUGAGCAGUGCUGUAAAUUCAUGACUUCAGUCCCAAAGCCGCUGACCUUUGACCCUCUUCGUUCACUUAGCCGUUUAAACUUCGCCCUUGCUGCAUAAGAAUCUGUAAACCAGCUUUUCGUCGGUUCUGUGGUCACGGCUCAGGGGGUUGAUUUUUGUCAGACAGUUUGUGUCAGAUUUUUUGGCCUGUGCAAACAUUUGAUGUAUGGAUUGUUUAUGAAAACCGUACGAUGCAAAAUGCAUGAAUUAAAGAGAGUGAAGCUGACAAUGUGUAUAGAUUCCCGCCGCUGCAGGAAUGGCCUGAGUGUGUGUGUGGACUGAAACUGAGUUGCUGAUAUGUAUUAAAAUGAGCGGCAUAGGGGAAAACUCAUCUGACCCUGCUAGGGUCGAGUCUCAGAAACGCAAAGAAUGCUCAUCAGAGCUCCUGGGUCCCAGCCCCAAGCGAAGCACCGAGAAACGAAACCGCGAGCAGGAGAAUAAAUACAUCGAAGAACUCGCCGAGCUGAUUUUCGCCAACAUCAACGACAUCGAUAACUUCAAUGUCAAGCCUGACAAAUGUGCAAUUCUGAAAGAAACUGUGAAACAGAUUCGUCAAAUAAAAGAGCAAGAGAAAGCGGCUGUGUGCAGUGAGGACGAGGUGCAGAAGGCCGAUGUCUCGUCCACAGGCCAAAGUGUUAUUGACAAAGAUGCCCUCGGACCAAUGAUGCUGGAGGCCUUGGAUGGCUUCUUCUUUGUGGUGAACAUGGAGGGGAACAUUGUGUUUGUGUCGGAAAAUGUGUCCCAGUACCUGCGCUACAAUCAGGAGGAGCUUAUGAACACAAGUGUUUACAGCAUUUUACACGUAGGAGACCACGCAGAGUUUAUUAAGAACCUGCUGCCUAAAUCACUCGUGAAUGGCGUGCCGUGGUCGAGCGAGGGCUCCAGGAGGAACAGUCACUCGUUUACAUGCCGCAUGCUGGUGAACCCAGAGGAGGCGCAGGAGCAGGAGGCACAGAAAUAUGAAACCAUGCAGUGUUUCACUGUCUCAGAACCCAAAUCCAUUAAAGAGGAGGGAGAGGAUCUGCAGUCGUGUCUGAUCUGUGUAGCGAGGAGAGUACCUAUGAAGGAGCGACCAAUGCUCCCCACACACGAGAGCUUCACCACACGGCAAGAUCUCCAAGGGAAGAUCACGUCGUUGGACACCACUAUGUUACGAGCCUCUAUGAAGCCUGGAUGGGAAGACUUAGUAAGGAGAUGUAUUCAGCGCUUUCACCUACAGAACGACGGGGAUAUUUCUUAUGCCAAACGUCACCAGCAAGAAGUAUUGAGACAUGGCCAGGCGUUCAGUCCCAUCUAUCGGUUCUCCCUCUCUGAUGGCACCAUCGUCUCGGCUCACACCAAGAGCAAACUCGUCCGCUCUCCGGCCACCAACGAGCCGCAGCUUUACAUGUCACUACACAUUCUCCAGAGAGAGUCAACUGUAUGUGGCAUGGCACCUGACCUGGGCAAACCCAUGACGCCACUGACCACAAUGACCUCCCCUAAUCCAAUGAGCGGAAAUGCUCAGGGUCAGGAGGGCAUAGUUAGUAGCAACACUCAUGCCUUCUCGUCUCCAGGAGUCCAUAAAGAUUUCCGUUUUGGCUGCCCAGGCACCACUCAGGGCACUGGAUACCCAAUGAAAAUGAGCAGUCCAUCGCAUCGCCCCAGUCCUGUAACCAGCUCGCCCCGUUUACCCCCAGCCCAGUUUGCCCCCACCAAUCCCCUCCAUUCACCCGCAGGCAUGUGCCCAGGCAACGGCAGUAGUCAAGUGUUCACAAGCAGUUCCCUUAAUGCCCUUCAGGCUCUUAGCGAGUGCCAAUCCAUUAGCCAGUCUCUGGGCUCACCUGAUUCCAAAAAAUUAGAAUCACCAGCCUCAGGAGGAGUUGGUUCUCAAGUGUUGCCCAAAAUGGAGUCAUUUGGGGAGCAUGAGCAAAGUGGAAACGGGCAUGACGGGCAUGAAAACGACAACGCCGGGCAUCAAAGGGAUGAAAAAGGCAACCUGGGUCAGUUCAACAGCUCAGACGAAAAUAAGAUCCAUGAAAGCAAAGGGCACACAAAGCUCCUCCAGCUUCUCACCACUAAAAACGAGAACAUGGAGUCCUCACCUUCACCUGCUCCUGAGAAGGAACUGAUGACCGGGCAUCAACCUGGCACAUCAGGAACCAGCGCUACCUCCUUAAAGGAGAAGCACAAAAUCCUGCACCGGCUUCUGCAGAACAGCACGUCACCGGUGGACUUGGCAAAGAUCACGGCCGAGGCGACAGGGAAAGAACCGAGCCAUGACGGAACCAACGUGGCCGACAUCAUCAAACAGGAAGCGGUGAGUCCGAAAAAAAAGGACAAUGCCCUCUUGCGCUACCUGCUGGACAAUGACGAGAACACGAUUAAGGACAAGGGAAUAAAGACAGAGACGGGAGAGAUUAAGGUGGAGGGGAGUAACAUGGUCACUGUGAAGAAGGAGAAACCGGAUGGAGGAUAUGAACAGGCAGAGCAGUCCAGCGAGCUGGAUGAUAUCCUGGAUGACCUGCAGAACAGUCAACCAGGUUUUUUCUCUGAAGCUCGUCCCAUGUCACUGCCAGCUGCUGUCGAUAAGCAGGCAAUCAUCAAUGACAUUCUGCAGAUCACAGGAGAGGGCGGGGUACAGCCCAGAGCAGUACCGAAUUUCAGUGGCCCGAGGCCUCCGGGUCGGGUUCCUCCCAUGCGGAGUGUGUCUUUGGACAUGAAUGUCUCAGCUAAAGGCUCGCCGGGUCAGUAUCCAAUUAUGAGGAACACCACUCCAUAUUCACUCAUCCAGCAGCAGCAGCAGCAGCAGCAAGGCAUGAUAGGAAAUCAAGGCAUCAUGACCAACCAGGCCAACAUGGCAGAUGUUUGGGCGUCUCAGGGUGUGAGCAGUCCCUCCCCUCAGGGGGCGCUGCAGGGACGCAUGGUGCAAAACACAAACAUGCCAAUUAGGCCCAGCAGCCAACCAGGAGCAAGGCCCAUGCUGCAGGGCCAGAUGAUGCCCAAUGCCCAGUCUAUGGAAAUGGACAUGAGUCUGGCAGGCCCUACAUUUCCACAGCAACAGGCUCCGCCCAAUCAGACAGCUCCACCCAAUCAGACAGCUCCGUGGCCUGACAGCAUGAUGCCCAUUGAGCAGGUGGCAUUUGGAGAUCCUAACAGGUCCCUGUAUGGUACCCCACAGGAAGAUGUGCUGUGUGCAGCUGAAGGACCUGCUGAUGAAGGUGCUUUACUUAAUCAGCUCUACACUGCCCUCAAAGACUUUGAUGGUCUGGAGGAGAUUGAUCGAGCUCUGGGCAUUCCAGCACUCGUGGGACAGGCUCCGUCAUUAGACCCUGAACUAUUCCCAGGUCAGGAUCAAAACCUGCUGAUGGACCAGAAGCCCCUUUACCCUCAACAGCAGUACGCUGCUCCACCUUCCCAUAACACACCAGGAGGCUUCGCUCCAAUACAGGACGCUGGUUACCAUAGCAUUGGGGGAGUUGGAGGGCCAAGGCCAGGAUUUCCCAUGAUCCGUAUGCAGCACAGACCAGGUCUCCGGCCACCCGGGAGCGUCCCAAAUCAACCUAAUGCACUCAGACUGCAGCUGCAGCACAGACUACAAGCACAGCAGAAUCGCCAGCCUAUGAUGAAUCAGAUGACUGGAGUGUCAAACAUGAACCUACCUCUAAGACCUAAUGUUCCGAAUCAGGGGACCAUUAACGCUCAGAUGCUUGCGCAGCGUCAGAGGGAGAUGCUCAGUAAUCAUUUGCGUCAGAGGCAGCGCAGCAUGAGCAUGCGACCUCAGGGCCUCAAUGUGCCAUCCAAUAUGGCUGCCGGCACCAUGGGCGGCGCCCAGAUCGCCCAUGCCAACCCUACACACUUCCCCUACACGCCCAACUAUGGAAUAACUCAGCAGCCUGACGGAGGGUUCGGAGGUGCAGCGACCCCUCAGAGUCCCCUUGUGUCCCCUAGAAUGGGUCACGCCCAAAGCCCCAUGAUGCAACAGGGUAAUGCCACAUUUCAGUCGUCUCCAGAGAUGAACGGCUGGACGCAGGGCAACAUGAACGCCAACAGCAUGUACACUCAGCAAGCCAGCAGCGGUGUGUAUAACAGUAACGGCAUGAGCAUGAAUGUGCCCAUGACUCCCAACACCAACAGCAUGAGCAGCAUGGGCCAGAUGGGCACGGAGCAGCCGAAGUACUGUUGACCAUGACUCGACAAAGCGUGAUUUCCACCAGCACGGGCCAAGAGCGAGUCUGCGCCCUGCAGAGGGUCCCUACUCAUCCCCAGAACCCUACAACUCUACUGCCCCCUGCUGGAGGGAGAUCAUACACACACACACACACACACACACACACACACACACACACACACACACACAAAAUUUGAUAUUUUGGACCUUGAGUGUCACCCUUUCAAAUCUAUGGAUCCUACACAAACACACACACACAAGGCAAAGUCCAUUUGUUGUAUAUGUAUAAAACCGCAUUCACCGUAGUGUGACUUAGCGUGACUCUCCUAUAAACGGUGACAUCAGGAUCCUGUGAAUGUAUUCUCUCUCUCUCUCUCUCUCUCAGUGAACCCAAUCCACACACACUCUUAUAUUCUCCUACUGUCCUGUCCCAUAGUCCCACACAAAUACCAUGGCCGCGCUCAACAUUUUAGCCAUUUUUGCCUUUUUUUUUCAUCUUUCUUUUUUUCUAUAGAGUGAGAGUAAUUUUAAAGAUUAAAACUCUGCACAGAAUGGUUUGCGGGCAGCAUAACGAUUUGUGAAUUCAGAUAUUAUUCUGUCCGGUGUGUCAAAGGAACAGUUCAGCCAGGAAUAAAAUGUACACUGUUUCCCCCUUUACUCCUGAAUGUAGUCCAUCAGCCAAGACGUGCUUUUAUUCAACGUUUACUUGUUUAGUUUUGCCCCGGAGUUACGAGACUAAUGUAGCUAACAAGUAAGGAAAGUUUAACCUACUGAAAAUAUUUUCCAAAAACACAGAUUAACUUUGUAAACUUUAUUUUUUAAUAAACGAUUUUGUGUGAAAACACAUGAUAGUCUGUAUUUACAAGUUUAUAUUCAUUUUCUCUAGCUAACAGAUAAGAUUAAUGGAACAUUCAGGAUUCUACAGGUUUUAAGAAUGUUAUGCUGUAGGAUUACAAAAAAAAAAAAAAUCACAAAUCUUAAAAUCAUUUCUUGUAACGUUAUCAGAAUGUUUCUGAAAAGCAUCAGCAAAGGGUUUGUCUUAACGUUCCUACAACUAAAAAACGUUGCAGCAACAUUGUAGGAAUAUUUAUGAAUGUUAUGUGUGUAUAUAUAUAUAUAUAUAUAUAUAUAUAUAUAUAUAUAUAUAUAUAUAUAUAUAUAUA